UAAUCCAGCCCGCGCCCUCGGCAGUCUCCAGAGUCCAUCAGAUGGCUCGACUUCACUUUAGUUCUGUUGUCUGUACAAACAUCCAGCGUUAGAAAAAAAAAUAUCCUGGGGGCAGGGCGGAGGACGUUAAUGUGUAACUCGACCUUCACCACUUUCUCACAUAGUCCUCCUCUUUCUGUAAAAUCACCUCGGGAGUCAGACGCAGUCUGCCGUAGUAAUCUCAAAAACCGCACAAAAUGUUCCUGUAUAUUCUGGGACUGGCUGCUCUUUGGUUUGUGUAUCGCUGGUACAAAGAAAUCCAGAGAGUGCCCAACAAGCAAGAUAAAUAUGUCUUCAUCACGGGCUGUGACACUGGCUUUGGUAAUGUCUUGGCAAGACACUUGGACAAGUUGGGCUUCCAUGUGAUUGCAGGCUGCUACACUGAGAAAGGAGAGGAUGAGCUCAAAAAGCUCUCCGACAGCAUAAAAACACUUCACGUGGAUGUCGCUGACUCUGCAAGUGUCAAAAAAGCAGCAGCUCUCAUUAAGACUUUGGUCGGACACAAAGGGCUUUGGGCUGUCGUAAACAACGCCGGAGUUUCUUUACCGUCUGCUCCCAAUGACUGGCUCACCAUAGAUGACUACAAGAUCAUGCUCAAUGUCAACCUGUGCGGGGUCAUUGAUGUAACACUGGGUGUCCUCCCAUUAAUCAAGAAGGCCAGAGGCAGGGUGGUGAAUGUUGCCAGUGUUUUUGGGAGAAUCUCCCCAUUUGGAGGACCAUAUUGUGUGUCCAAGUAUGGAGUGGAGGCGUUCAAUGAUACUCUGAGGUUAAACAUGGCACAAUUUGGUGUCAAGGUGUUAUGCAUUGAACCAGGGUUCUUUAAAACAAAUGUGACUAACACAAAGCUGAUUAAAGAUGACCUGAGCAAGAUCUGGGACAGAUUACCUCAGGAUGUGAAGGAUGACUAUGGGCCUGGUUUUCUGGAGAGGGCAUUCAGCAAACUAGAUGGAAGGUUUAACCAAUUGCUGGAUGGGGACCUGAUGAAGGUGGUCAGCUGUAUGGAACAUGCCAUUUCCGCUGUUCAUCCUCGCACUCGGUAUUCUGUUGGAUGGGAUGCAAAGUUCUUGUGGUUGCCUCUGUCGUACCUGCCAUCCUGCAUUACAGAUUAUUUUUUCCUCAAAGAUGCUCCAGAGAUAAAUGUGUCUGUACCAUAGUCAAUUCAACGUGACUGUAAUCACACGAACACAUCAAGAGCAUUAUGACCAUGUAAUCUGAGCUCUGGGUGUUAUGUCACUGUGCUAUACAAUACUAAUAAGUAAUUGCAUUAAGAUGUUCAGUAUGUGGAUGCU